AUGGUUUCUUCCGAGGAAAGGAUAGUUUUAAACGUUGGUGGUGUAAAGUAUGAAACUUAUCGCUCAACGUUGACUGCCUAUCCUAAUACUCUUCUUGGCGCUAUGUUUCAUGAAAGAAAUCAAGAAUUGCUUCGUCCCACCAAUGGUAAUGAAUAUUUCUUUGAUCGAAACAGUCGAGCGUUCCAUUACAUUUUAGAAUUUUAUCGUACUGGAAAAAUAUUGCUAUUGGACGAAAUAACAG